AUGUACCUUCCACCCAUCCUGCGGUUGCAUCGAAGGGCGUACAUGUUGAAGUCAGAGAAUAAAUGCUCAUAUUACACACAUCGCACUGGAGAAACAUAUGCUGGCACCCUUGACGAAGACCUGUAUCAUCUUGAGCUGUGGGAAGAAAUACCGACAUUAUUCAAUAAUCGAAUGACGGACGAGGAAUUCGAGAUCUUUGUUCGUCUAGAUGGAGGGGUCAAAUUCGAGGAAGUAGAAAGGGCCCCGUCCGACCACUUGCAUCCGACGGCGAGCGAGCUGGACAACGCAGCCUGUUAUUUCAACGACGAGGAUCUGUAUCAGCAUCUCGAUGACUACGAUUAUCCACACGGUGUAGACGACGAAUGCGACGGGUAUAUGAGGGAUGUAGUAUACAACAGUAACUCAUGGACUGCAGGAAAUGAAUUGGUGGAAGAGAGUGACGGCGAGGAGGUUCAGAUGUUUCGAGAAGAUGAUGCACAGCUGGAUGUCGCACGAUACUUCUACGCCAGCGAUCUUUGCGACCGAGGGUACAUACAUGAGCCAAUGCAUCCGAUGCAUGAGGAUCUACCGCAGACAGUGGUAAUGGAACUGUGUCCUGAACGGCAGGAUAGGACAAACUCUAGUAGCGUUCCUGAUAAGAGCGAUGCGAUAGAAGAAACACGGGGAACCAAGGUGAUCUUGAGGAGUAGCUUAUAG